AUGAACUCAACACGGAAGAGGCUCUUCCAGCCUCUGGAAGACAGACACCAGCUACCAGACAUCAGCAAUAGGGACAGACUGGCCAAGUCCCUUCGACGAGCCGUACCAGAAGCUGUCCUGUUUACAGCCCUGGAGAAGCAAGCACAUAAGGAAAACGUUGAGUCUGGACAGCCUCUGUCACCUCAGCAUCUUUUUAUGGAUGCUAUGGCAAAGCCAUACACCCAAGAUUCUACAACCGAGUUCAUCUCCUCCUUAGUCAUCAGUAAAGAUGACGUGGCCGUCCUGGAAAAGGCCACCAGAGGCCAAUCUAGUUCUCCCAUCUGGACCAUGGCCCGCAGGGGAAGACUGACAGCUUCCAAUUUCUACAGCAUAUAUACCAAAGUUCAAUCCAUCAAGAAGAGGCCUGGCACAUCAGCAGAUGCUCUACUGGGAAAACUCAUGGGGUACUCGCGUACCAGCGAGACACUGACCGCCAUCAAAUAUGGCCGAGAAAUGGAGGCUGAUGCCAAGCAAGCACUGUUUGAAGUCUUUGACGAAGAACAUCAAGAAGCAUGUUGUGAACCUGUAGGUCUUGUGCUCUCUGAACAAAGAGCAUUCCUGGGUGCCUCCCCCGAUGCAGUGUUGAGCUGCAAGUGUCACGGCCAAAGAGUGGCUGAGCUAAAAUGCCCUAUGUCAUGCAAGGAUACUGCUCCAAGUCCAACCAUCCUGCCAUAUCUGUAUGAAAGUGGUGAUGGACUGAAGCUAAAAACAAACCAUGGCUACUAUGCCCAGUGCCAAGGACAAAUGGCACUUACAGGCUACAAGUUGUGCAGCUUCUACGUGUACAGUCCACAUGGCAGCAUUCACAUCCCUGUGAAGUUUAACAAGACAUAUUGGGAGGAGAUCAGGGAUGCGCUCGACUACUUCUUCAAGGAGUAUGUGGCUCCUGAGCUGCUGACAGGAAGGCUCAAACGGGAGCUUGAUGCCAGUGCCAGUGGUGAAGUAGCAACCAGCAGCACAAACCACAAUACACCAAGUACCUCCAGUGCGGUGCCUGGCACUGCUGACACUAGCCAUGGUCUUAUUCCAACAUUUGAUGGAAUCAACCUCUGCCAAACUGUGUCACCCUUGGCGAAUUCCAGUACUGCCACAGUCUCAGUGCUGAGUCCCGUCAUUUGCCCCAUUUGUGCUCAUCCAUGCCUUGAACAGUGUUCAAGGUUCACUGAAGGUAGUGUUGGGUGUGACACCUGCAACAUGUGGUUCCAUUUCACAUGCGUUGGUAUCCAAAACGAUCAGCAGGUGGAUAAUCUCCCUACUCUCUGGCAGUGUUCUGCUUGUGCGCAUGGUCUAAACAAGAUCAAUCCCUCAGUUCAAAAGUAGAUAUGACAGUCAGGAACUUACCAGUUUCCACUUUCCACAAACUCCAGUUUCAGAAAGAGAAAACAGAUUGAUGUAAAUAUUAUGAAAUCGUAAAUGAAUGUAAUGGAUUGAGCAAAAUGCUAUUGGCAUUAUUGUUGCAUAUUUACUACUAAGAUGAUCGUUAUCUUGGUAAAAGUGUUUCUGACAGAUAUACCAAUAUGUCCCAUAUAUAUAUAUAAUGGAACCAAAAUUAUUUCUACUACUUAUGAUAGUAAUUAUUGCUUGACUGUUGGUGGACUAAAUGGAGCUGCUAUAACCCUGUUUGUAUUGUUACUGUUGUUAUUUCACUUGAACUUGACUGUACAGGAAAACAGGAAAGUGAUUAUACGGCCAUCUGAUUUUUCACUAUCAUAAUGUCCAAUACAUAAGGAAUGUUCAUGCGGCGAUGUGAGUCAGACUCAGUAUUGAGCGAAGGAAGUCAUGCAUGUAAGAAAUAGUACUUGUAUCUUCGAGUCCUGAGACUGCAGUAUACGAUUAAAGCUCCCAUCAAAACGUUGUAGAUCUAGGUUUUAUGUUGAUAUAUAGUAAAGUCGGCUGUCAGGAUAGCUAGUUAUCGGAUGGUGAACGCACUUCGGAACAACAACAAUUAUGUCACGUAUCUACAUCUGCAUCUAACGUUACAUCUAUUUAAUACUGGGCCAAACCCUACAUCUCGCCCAGGGUCUUACAUACAGACGAGACAUAGAUGCGGCCGGUGGGAGGGGGGAGGGUGCUCACAUACGUACACUCCUUGCUCGCACGUAAAUACUAGUAUAUGCGAAAAUAUUAGCCCAAAAGAAAAAUACAGCAGUAGUUUAGAGCUUAAAAUACCAACAGCACCGAGAAAAA